AUGGCUCAGAAGCCGCAGCUCCGCAGGAUGACCAGCCUGUGCUUCAACCAAGACCAGAGUUGUUUUUGUUGUGUCAUGGAGAUGGGCGUCCGGAUCUACAACGUGGAGCCCCUGAUGGAGAAGGGCCACCUGGAUCACGAGCAGGUGGGCAGCGUGGCGCUGGUGGAGAUGCUCCACCGCUCCAACCUGCUGGCCAUCGUGGGCGGCAGCGGCAGCCCCAAGUUCUCGGAGAUCUUUGUGCUGGUCUGGGACGAGGCCCGCGAGGGCUGAGACAGCCAAGACAAGCUGGUGCUGGAGCUCACCUUCACCAAGCCUGCCCUGGCCGUGCGCAUGCGGCACGACAAGAUCGUCAUCGUCCUGCGGCGCCGCAUCUACCUCUACUCCUUCCCCAACGAUCAGGAGAAGCUGUUCGAGUUUGACACCGGCGACAACUCCAAGGGCCUAUGCGACCUCUGCCCCAGCCUGGAGAAGCAGCUCCUGGUGUUCCCGGGCCACAAGUGUGGCAGCCUCCAGCUGGUGGACCUGGCGAGCACCAAGCCCGGCACGUCGUCGGCGCCCUUCACCAUCAACGCGCACCAGAGCGAGGUGGCCUGCGUGUCCCUCAACAAGCCCGGCACCAUGGUGGCACCCGCUUCGCAGAAGGGCACCCUCAUCCGCCUCUUCGACAUGCAGACCAAGGAGAAGCUGGUGGAGCUGAGGCGCGGUACCGACCCGGCCACCCUCUACUGCAUCAACUUCAGCCACGACUCCUUCUUCUGCGCCUCCAGCGACAAAGGCACCGUCCGCGUUUUCGCUCUCAAGGACACCAGGCUCAACCGAAGGUCCGCCUUUGCGCGAGUGGGCAAGGUGGGCCCCAUGAUCGGCCAAUACGUGGACUCGCAGUGGAGCCUGGCCAGCUUCACCGUCCCGGCCAGUUUCACGGUCCUGGCCGCGUCCGCCUGCAUCUGUGCUUUUGGCCGGAACACCUCCGAGAACGUCAAUUACGCCACUGCCAUCUGCGUGGACGGCACCUUCCACAAGUACGUCUUCACCCCCUAUGGGAACUGUAACCAGGAGGCCUUCAACGUGUACCUGGACAUCUGCGAUGACGCUGACUUCUGA